GUUCAGCUGUCAAACAUGAAUUUACACACCACAGAUACAGUGUCAAUGUCACGAUGCCGCCAUGGUCAAUGAUCUCGCCUGCCUCGCGGGGCAUUGGUUUCGCGCUCGCCAGAAGAGUACUGCAAACCACCAACGCGCCUGUUGUUGCGACGGCGCGUAAGGACCUCGACAAGACGGAAGAGGAACUGCUUGAGGGGUUAGAUAUUGAUGAGACGCGAUUGAGGGUUCUGAAACUUGAUGUCACGGACGAGUUCACAAUCGCAGAAGCAGCGGCCGCAUGCAAAGAACAAUUCAAGCCAGGCAUUCAUCAGCUUCAACUCGCCUUCUUUGUGCCGGGUUUGCUCUUCCCCGAGAAGUCGCCAGCUCAGAUCGAUGCCAAAGAUGCGUUGUUGACCUUUCAAACCAACACAUUGGGGCCAAUGCUUAUGAUCAAGCACUUUUCAUCAUUCUUGCCUAAGAAAACCGCAUCUCCGGAAGAGGUUGAGGAGAUAAUGAAGGGACUUCCGUCCGCUGCAAGCAUGGCAAUCAUGUCUGCACGUGUGGGUAGCAUAUCUGAUAACAAGCUGGGAGGCUGGUACAGUUAUCGCGCAUCGAAAGCUGGUGUCAACCAGGUGGUGAAGACAUUCGACAAUCACCUACGGACAGCAUCGGGGGACAAAGCACUAGCAGUAGCGUUGCACCCGGGCACAGUCAAGACUGAGUUCAGCAAAGAGUUCUGGGGCGGUGUGAAGAAGGACAAGCUCUUUGAGAAGGAAUGGGUGGCGGAGCAGCUUGUCGAUGUGGUCAGGCAGGUAGGAAUCGACGGACGAGGCAAGUGCUGGGACUGGGAUGGCAAGGAAGUGCCGCCUUGAUGGUCUUGCAGGUGCAGUCACGUGCGAGGACCGUCCUUCCACUCUGGAGGCCCUCACAGAUUUCACACUUCCCCAAUACGUUACUUUCACGUUUCAACAGCUCUCACUUCCCAACAUUCUUUGCACUAUCAUUUCACCCAUUCAUUACAAUGGUCGACGAGACGCCUGGAAACAACCAGCCGUCAGAUGGCGAACAGCAGAGGCGCGGCAAGGGCAAGCAACCAGCCCCACGCGAGCAAUCAUCUUCAGCAACGUCGAACAUGGCUUAUACAAAUCACAAUGGAGACAAAACACGCAAGCACCUAUACUCUAGUCUUUGCAGCUCAACAGACACACUCGAGCCUCCGGAGUUUGAGUCCCUCGAACCCGAGUCUCCAG